UCAAUUGAAUUCAAUUCACAAUGCGCUUGAAAAUUAUUUAAAAAUAAUUGUGAUUAGAUAUUUCUACUUCAGUAGCCUUGAUCUUAGGAAACAAUAAUAUAACCUAUAAUUUUCACGGUUUUGUUUGGAUGAAUUAGAACUUCUAAUCUAAUCUAAUCUAAUUUAGAAGUACAUCUUACUUAGUUUGUUUAUCAGGUAGUUCUUUGUAUGAAAUACUUAAAAUUAUGUGCUAAGUGUGUGUGCUGUGUGUAUCAAGAAGGUAAAAAUGUUACGAAGGAAAUUAUUCCAUGAUGAACAAGCUCCUUCAAGCAAAGCUAUAAAAUUAAACGAUAAUCAAGUAUCAGAAACAUCUAAGUACUUUACUCCAUCUUACCCCGAUCAGAUUUUAAAAAUCCAACUAAACUUAAAUCAGUUGUUGGCAAAAUUGAACUUUAUUGAAGGUAAAAUACAUUACGUAUAUAACCCCCUGGAAUAUGCCUUCGACACAAAUGAAAUGUACAUCAGAAAAUAUUGCACAUCAAGAAAGCAAGUAGUAUUUGUUGGUAUGAACCCAGGCCCUUAUGGCAUGUGCCAGACGGGCGUUCCUUUUGGUGAUGUUAGUAUGGUUCGUGAUUGGUUACAAUUAUCCGGGGACGUAAAUAAACCCCUAACAGAAUGUCCCAACAGACCAAUUCAGGGGUUUCAGUGCACUCGAAAGGAACAGAGUGGUCAUAAAUUCUGGACGUUGCUGAAGGAAAUUUGUGGCACACCUGAGACUUUUUUCAAGAAAUGCUUUGUUUAUAAUUAUUGUCCGUUAGCUUUUAUGAAGGCGGAUGGUGGAAAUGUGACACCAUCUGAGAUUAAGGGAGACCAAAAGAAAACUCUAGAAACAGCCUGCGACGCCGCCUUUUUCGAGAUAAUAGAACUCCUGAGCCCGGAAAUAAUUGUCGCCGUUGGCGAAUACUCAGAAAGAAAGGCCAACACGUUGUUAAAAGUGUGCAGUCCACCGCUGGGCAACAUCAGAAUAGUGCGACUGCCACAUCCGAGUCCUCGGGCACUGAACAACCAAAACUGGCCGGAGAAGGCUAGACAAUUUUUUGAGGAGAACAACUUGUUGCCCUAUUUAAAAAAUGAGUGA